AAGAUUAUCUGUUUUGGCAUUAAUGUUUAUGUUGCAGAAAAAUAAUUUCAGCGAGACUUUCACUUACCAGACUCGGCGAGCGGCUGGCCGUAUCUCAAGUGUAAAACGUUACACGGCAUCGACACGCACAAUUUGUCGUGGGACAUCAUCCUUCGUUCUCUUCUCCUGAUCGGAGAAAGGUACCGCGCACGGCAUCGUCGGGUCAUCAAUCGCUGGUCGACUCUCGCACGGUGUACAUUCGUGCGUACCUCACGAAGGCCCGCGUACCUCGCGUUAACGGUUGUUUCUUAAUGCGACACGAAGAAAGAGGCCCCUCGUGAGGAAUUGUUCCUUCGAGCACGGAAGGCGCGUUAAAAACUGGGCCCGACAGCCACUUCCGGACAGCUGUCGUCAACGUUAGUGUCGGAACGAGGACAGUGUUUUGCAUGAGGGGAAAAAACUGAUUAGAGCGUGAAAUUUCGUUUUGAAUAAAGUGAUUAAAUUCUGUAGAAAAAUCUCUUUUUAGCUUGGAGAAACGAAACUGUUGAUGCGAGAAAUGGAGGCAGUUUUACUGAAAUUGGGAGAGUUGAGGCUCUCCCUUUGAGUACACAGCAAUCAGAACGUUGAUAUCUCUCGGAAGAGAUAAGUGGGUGGCGCGCAGGAAAUGCAUCUUGCCGAUAUCCAGCCUCGCAGACCCUCUUGAAAACCUUGGAGACAGACGAGAGAAGAGUAGUCAUCUCCCGAGAUCCGACAGUCUCCGACGAUACGCUCGAGGGAACGAAUCCACAAUGAUCCGCGUAACUCCCGGUGCCGGCGGAGUACUGGAGGAGCGCUGACAAAGUCGCCGAAACGAUCAGGAAAAAAAUGACCGUCUCGAUGGAGCACAAGCGGAAGAGUUCGUGGGACUCGAAGAUUUCGGUGAGCACAGUGAGUACAAGGAGAUUCAGCCGUGCCGGGACACCAAGCUCAAUCCUGUCAUCCGACAGCGACAUCCGUUUCACAAGGAAGCUCGGCGGCCAGUAUCGUUGCGGAUGUUGCGUCCUCGCUGCUUUCCUGCUCUUUCUCCUCUUCUCGGGUGUCUCCAUAUACCUCGGCUAUACGUUCCUCACUUCGGAUCCACCCGGUGAUCAGAUAUUUCUCGCAACAUUUCGAGUUACCAAAGGUGAUUCCUUCACCGCGGAACUGGCAGACCCUUCUACAGAGGCCUUUCGAAUACGAUCGCGAGAAUAUCGCGAUCGUCUUAAUCUUAUCUUUCGCCGCAGCUGGCUAAAGAUAUCGUUCCUCGCAGCAGAAGUUUUGGCGCUUGACGGAGUGGAAGGCCGCGACUUGGUGGUGCAUUUUGAUGUGAGGUUCGAUCCGCGAUAUCAGACCAUAACUACCGGGAAUAUCGUAGACAUUUUGUCACGAGAAAUAAAUCCCGAAACUUCGAAGUAUCUAACGAAUUUGACGAUAGAGGCGAAGAGCCUCGAAGUGCAAGAAAGUCUAACAGCCCUGAAUGCGCAGAGCAGUUCGCAAUCGACCGUCCCGACGUUACCGCCGACGACGACAGCCCCUCCGCCGAGAAGAUGCAGCAAACUAGAUUUAUCCUAUUGUAAACAUCUCCCUUAUAACAUCAGCUCGUACCCGAAUAUAUUGGGGCAUCGAUCGUUGGCAGAUGUCGAGGAAGAUGUUAUCGCUUUUAGAGAACUAGUGGACGCGGAAUGCUAUCCAUCGGCCUACGACUUCGUUUGCCAGGUGCUGCAGCCUGCGUGUCGAUCAAGUCAACCGGAGGAUUUGCUACAAUUGCCCUGCAGGAGUUUUUGUAGAGAGUUUUGGAAUGGAUGCGGUAGCCGUCUUCCCGAGAAGAUAAAACGCGCUUUGGACUGCUCGAACUUUCCUGAAUACGCCGAUCCCGGCAGCUGCAGGCCGAAGCCAGGAUGCGUGCAGGGGCUUCAGUCGAAAGCUUUGUCUCCGCGAAUUUGCGACGGCGUGAUCGACUGUCCAGAUCUUUCGGAUGAGAAGAAUUGUGCCUAUUGUCGAGACGGCUACAUGCAUUGUGGAGUAGGAAGAGCGUGUAUACCGCAUACAAAGCGAUGUGACGGCAAGGUAGACUGUCCGAAUGGCAGCGAUGAGAAAGACUGUUUGUCUUUGGCACCGAGCGUUCACGCAUUAAGAUCGCAAUCUUGGAACACACCGCAUACCGCGAAAUACAAUAAAGAGGGCUACGUCGUAUUUAACGAGAAAGGCACCAUCGGCAAACUUUGCACGGCAAACUUGAACGUUACUUUACCGGAAACAGAAAUCAAUAAUGUUCUGCAAACGGCAGCGAGCUCAUUAUGCAAUUUGCUUACAUAUGGUGGCGUAGCUUCCGUUGAGGUAAAAAUUGACGAUGAAGAAGAUGUCCCGUACGUGUACAUGGAAGAUCCAUCAGCGCCAGAAAUCACUUUUGUCAGGGCUCCUUGUCCUAGCAAGGAAGUCCUGUACGUCCACUGCUCCGAUCUCGAAUGCGGAAUACAACCUCUACGUGCUAACGGCGGUACUCAAGGCCUUAAUAAGAUGGCAGAACCCGGUGAUUGGCCUUGGCAUGUUGCGCUCUUUAAGGAGGGAGUUCAUGUUUGCGAUGCUACUCUCGUAGCGGAUAAUUGGUUACUCACAACUGCGUAUUGCUUCCAAGGUCAACCGAAAGCAGAGUGGUCGGCUAGACUUGGUGUUGUGCGACUCUCGAGCACUUCACCUUGGCAACAAGAACGCAGGAUUGUCGGUAUGAUUAAAUCACCAGUGGAAGGCACAACUGUUCUGGUCAAGUUAGAUAGACCGGUGACGACCUUUUCGGAUUUCGUAAGACCGGUUUGUCUGGCUUCUAGCGAGGAUCCACCGAGCAACGCAACACAAUGCAAUACUCUUGGCUGGGCGAGAAAUCGCGAUGUACUGCAAAGGGUACAACUCAAACAUAGCGCAAUGGAAAAAUGUGAAAAUAUUAGUAUUCCCUCAGUAAAUAGUGUCUGCACUGAGCAGGCAUAUUCCACGGACGAUUGCAACGAAGAAGAACUCGCUGGUAGUCCAAUGCUAUGUCUUCAAGAAGAUGGUCGAAGAUGGGCACUGACUGGUAUUGGUAGCUGGAGGAUAGCUUGCUCGAAAGAUGGACUCGAGAGACCUCGAUUAUACGACAAAAUUUCAUCGCAUAUUGACUGGAUCAAAUCUACCAUUGCCUGAAAGUUUUCACCGAGUUAACAUUCGAGAAAUAUCAUUCCGCGAACAAUAUGUAUCCUCAAUGAUACGGAAAUCGGAUGGAAAAAGAAAUAUCCAUCGUAUUUCAAAACUGGGACUGAUAUUUAAAUUGUGAUAAAAAUAAUCAAUCUAUUAAUACGACGUCGUUGCAGCUGAUAAAACUAAUCGCAUCUGUUUCGUAAGAGUACUCACGUUGCGUUGGUGAUAUAUAAUUUCCAUUAUCAAAAACGACAAAUAAAGAAUAUAUCUUGCUACUGAUCGAAUUGAUCGAUGACGUGCAAUUGCAUUUUUUGUAAAUAUAAAUAUUUUAAUCUAGGACGCGAAAGUCCUUCGUUACCGUGGCAUAAUUUUUUUAACUUAUUUCCCUCGUCCUACUUUUACUUUAAUAUGCGUAUACAUAUUUGCCUUGUACUUUAUCUUUAAGUUUCAUACCGUUAUCUUAGUAAUUACAAUGCAAUUAUGUUUGUAAAAUUGUUUACGCAUUAAAGCCUUCUAAAAUAUC